AUGGCAUACGAUGAGGUGACACGGGUCCUGAGGGACGGUUGGGAAGCCACCUGCCGCCGCAUCCCCGUCCUGAAAGGCGAAGCCGUCGCCGACCCGGACGCCAAGCAAGGCGGGGCGAUGAAGAUCCAGCUGCUCGACGACAAGGAAAGACUGGAGCGGAUCCAGCCGAUCACGGUCAAUGACCUCCGGGCGCCUGGAGCAUAUCCUCUGACAUUCGCCGAGCUGAAAGAGAGGCACUUCCCCGUAUCUGCGUUCGACCCGGAGAUCUUCACGCGCCGCUACACAUGGCCGUCUCCCGAAGACCGGCUGCCUAUCAUGCUUAUGCAGCUGAACUUCAUCCGAGGGGGCCUGAUCCUGAACUGGAACCCCUUCCACAUGAUCGGUGACGGCACGACGUUCUUCACCUGGACGGCAAUCUGGGCGGAAGAGUGCCGGCGGGCGCAGGGGCUUGAGAUAACCAAGCCUUUCGAGCUGCGCCAGAGCAUCGUCAGCGAUAGGCGCCACGCGAUCAGCCCCCAAGCUCCGUCGGGUGGAAAGGCGGGCAGGCUGGAAGACCACCCCCAGUAUGUGCUCCUAAGCGAUCCGGCCAAGCAGCUGGCCAAGGUGCUCAAGUCGGAAGGGCACGUCGGGCAGAUCUUCUACUUCUCCAAGGACUCGCUGGAGCAGCUCAAGAAGGACUCGUAUCCCCAAAACCCCCAGCCGGGCGAGCCGGCGUACAUCAGCACCAACGACGCCCUGACGGCGCUCGCCUGGCGCUCUGUCAUGGCGGCUCAGUACCCACCGGACAAGGUCAAGGGCGAUGAGGUCUCGGUCUUCAACAUGGCGGUCGACGGGCGGCUGCGCAUCCGGCCUCCCAUCGAUGAGGGAACCCUGGGGAGCUUUGUCGAGUUUAUCGAGGUCAAGAUGCCUCUUCGUAGGAUGUUGGACGGUGGCGAAGACAGCGUUGCCGAGAUCGCGCUUUUACUCCGGAACGCGAUUGACAACAUGGACGUGGAGUUUCAAGGAUCCUUCAGCAACGAUGUCAUCAAGCUGAUAAACGGACUCGAAGACGUGAGAUUCUUGUCGCCGUCUGCGUUCCUUGACUGUCCCGGGCUGUCCUGUUCUCAGACCAGCUGGGCCAAAUUCGAGCUGUACGGCUUGCAGUGGGGCCCGGCGCUGGGAGGUCGCAUCAGGGCGAUCAGGUGUCCGAGCAACGGCAUCUUGAAUGGCAUGCAGAUUAUGAUGCCCGAGCUUCCAGAUGGUGGUCGAGAGAUGCUUUGUGGGGUUAAUGAGGAGGACCUUCCGAGGCUGAUAGCCGAUCCUCUCUGGAGGAAAUAUGCUGAACUGCGAUAA